AAGGACUUCAAGAACUAUGUUGAAGAGAUAUGGAGAGAGUGAGCGGCCUUGCCUUGUCCAUGAAUUCAGUGGGAUUGCUAAUUCAGUGACCUUCGAUGAUGUGCAUGUGAAAUUUAGCCAAGAAGAGUGGGCUUUGUUGGAACCUUCCCAGAAGCAACUCUACAAAGAUGUGAUGCUAGAGACCUGUAAAAACCUCACUGCUAUAGGCUACAAUUGGGAACACCAUAAUAUUGGAGAACAUUUUCAAAGUUCUACAAGUAAUAAAAGUGAUCUCAUACGGCAUAAAAAAACACACACUGGAGAGAAACCUUAUGCAUGUAAUGAGUGUGGUAAAGCCUUUGCACAAAUCAGUACUCUCUUAAGCCAUAAAAGAACACACACUGGAGAGAAACCUUAUGAAUGUAACCAGUGUGGUAAAGCAUUUGCACAAAACAGUACUCUCUUAAGCCAUAAAAGAACACACACUGGAGAGAAACCUUUUGAAUGUAAUGAGUGUGGUAAAGCCUUUGCAAAAAGCAGUAUUCUCUUAAGCCAUAAAAGAGCACACACUGGAGAGAAACCUUAUGAAUGUAACCAGUGUGGUAAAGCCUUUGCAGAAAACAGUACUCUCUUAAGCCACAAAAGAACACACACUGGAGAGAAACAUUAUGAAUGUACCCAGUGUGGUAAAGCCUUUGUACGAAACAGUGCUCUCAUAAGCCAUAAAGGAACACACACUGGAGAGAAGCCUUAUGAAUGUAAUGAGUGUGGUAAAGCCUUUGCACAAAACAGUGCUCUCAUACAGCAUAAAAGAACACACACUGGAGAGAAACCUUAUGAAUGUAACCAGUGUGGUAAAGCCUUUGCACAAAUCAGUACUCUCUUAAGCCAUAAAAGAACACACACUGGAGAGAAACCUUAUGAAUGUAACCAGUGUGGUAAAGCCUUUGCACAAAUCAGUACUCUCUUAAGCCAUAAAAGAACACACACUGGAGAGAAACCUUAUGAAUGUAACCAGUGUGGUAAAGCCUUUGCAGAAAACAGCAAUCUCAUACGGCAUAAAAGAACACAUACUGGAAAGAAACCUUAUAAAUAUACUCAACAUGAUAAAGCCCUUGCACAACAGAGUAGUCUCCGAAAACAUGAAAAAACACACAUUGGAGAGAAACCUUGUUAAGGUAAUUAGUGUGAUAAAGCCUUUCCAUUUAACAGUCAUCUCCUAAGACAACAACACAUUCUGGAGGGAAACCAUAUGAAUAUAACUGUGUGGUAAAGCCUUUGCACAUAAUGUCUCCUAAUACAUAAAGGAACACAUACUGGAAAGAAGCUGUCUGACUGUAACCAAUGUGAAAAAACUUUUGGACUUCAGAAUAAUCUCCAUACUCAUGAAAGAAAUCCUAAUGGACAGAAAGCCUGUGAGUGCUUUUAACAUGGUGAAACCAUUCCACAUUUGUAUAAUCUUCAUCAUCAUGAAAGGAUUCAUAAUGGAGGAAAACUUAUGAAUGUGUUAAAAUGGUGAGGCUUUUCACAAAUCUAGAGCCAUCAUCAUCAUAAAAGUAUCCUUACUAGAGAGGAAUUCUGUGACUAUAAGCAAUAUGGAAAGGCCUUUGUGUUCUUUGGUCUACUGAGAUCCAGCAGAACUGAAAAACCAGCUCAAUGGAACUGACCUCCCUUUUCUGAAGGGGAAAGGGAAUA